AUCUUUCAUCGCUAUAAAUAUCACAAAAUCCUUCUUGUUCAACCUAUUGCAAUAUCAUACUUGCCACGUCUCUGAGUUGCAUAUAUUCAGUGGGUGGAUGGAGCCAUUCUUUGCACUCAUGCAAGUAGUAAUGACCAUCAUUACUUUCACCAGAGCUAAUGAAACUACCUGUACUCUGCAAGGACAGCCUGUAUACCCUCAGUUAUGGAAAGAUGGAGACAUCAUAAUUGGAGGUGUUUUCUCUUUUCAUAGCAGCUGGGAGAUCAGACAACUAACAUAUUCUGUUACACCACCUCCGCUGAGGUGUGUCAGUCUUAAUUAUAGAGACUUCCAGUAUGUGCAAUCCAUGCUUUUUGCUGUGGAGGAAAUCAAUAACAGUUCCACUUUGCUACCUGGGGUCUCAUUAGGCUACAAGAUCUAUGACACAUGCGGUUCGAUGGCAAUGGCUGUUAGAGUAACUAUGGCUCUUGCUAAUGGACAUGAGAACACAACCUCAGAUGGACCCUGCACAAAGCAAGCAUAUGUACAAACCAUACUAGGAGACACAACCUCAUCAGCAUGCAUGGCGAUGGCAAAAAGUAUUGGACCAUUCAAUCUUCCAAUGAUCAGUCACUACGCCACCUGUGAGUGUCUCAGUGACAAAACCAAAUAUCCUUCAUUUCUUCGAACUAUUACAAGCGAUUACUACCAGAGCAGAGCACUGGCAGAACUGGUUAAACACUUUGGUUGGACCUGGGUGGGAGCCAUAAGAACGGAUGAUGAUUAUGGUAAUACUGGGAUGGCCACUUUCACGAAGGUGGCUGAAAAGAUGGGUAUCUGUUUGGAAUAUUCUCUCCCAUUUUUUAGAACCUAUCCUGAAGAUAAAGUAAUAAGGAUAAUUGAGCAGAUUAAAAGCUCUACUUCAAGAGUAAUUUUGGGAUUUCUUGUGCACUGGGACUUAGAAGUCCUGCUGCAUAAAUUUGUUGAAUACAAUAUUACUGGAUACCAGUGGGUAGGUACAGAGGGAUGGAUCUCUGAUUCUGUCAUUGCCAGUAUGGAUAAGCAUCAUGUUCUACAAGGGGCCGUUGGUCUGGCAAUACCCAAAACACAGGUGACAGGUCUAAAAGAAUUUAUUCUAGACAUUAAGCCACUGCAGUCUUCAGGAAGUGCCAUUUUUACUGAGCUCUGGGAAUCCCUGUUUCAGUGUAAAUACUCCACCAAAAAUUAUUCAGUGUUCACAACUGCAUGUACAGGCAAGGAGGAACUGUCACAGAUGCAAAACUCUUUCACAGACAUGUCACUCAUGCCCAUCUUCAGCAAUGUGUACAAAGGAGUAUAUGCUGUUGCUCAUACACUUCAUGACCUUCUGGGCUGCAAGGAAAAAUGUGCCUCAAAGAAACAGCUUGAUCCUUUAACAUUUCUGAAGCACCUACGGAAGGUGCGUUUCAAAACCAAAGAUGGUGAAGAAAUUUACUUUGAUGAGAAUGGUGAGGCAGUGGCAAAAUAUGAGGUAAUAAAUUGGCAACCAAGUAAAAAAAAACAUGAUGAAUUUGUCACUGUUGGCCUUUAUGAUGCCUCUCUUCCCAUGAAAGAUCGUUUGGCAGUAAAUAUGGCUUCAAUAGUAUGGGCAAAUAAUGUAACAAAGGUCCCGGAGUCUGUGUGCAGUCAGAGUUGUCCCCCUGGCACUAGGAAAGCUGUGAAGAAAGGAAAACCUAUAUGUUGUUAUGAUUGCAUACCAUGCACAGAGGGAGAAAUCAGUAACACUACAGAUUCUAUAACAUGUCUGCGGUGCCAUCAAGACUUCUGGUCAAAUCUGCAAAAGGAUGGAUGUAUUGAAAAGGAAACAGAAUUUUUGUCUUUUGAGGAGAUCAUGGGAAUCUUGCUUACAACAAUUUCUAUUGCUGGUGCAUUUAUAACAAUGAUAAUUGCAUUCAUAUUCUUCAUAUAUAAAAAUACCCCAAUUGUGAAAGCCAACAACUCAGAAUUGAGCUUCCUGCUCCUGUUUGCACUGAUGCUGUGUUUUCUCUGUUCACUUACUUUCAUUGGUCAGCCCACUGAGUGGUCCUGUAUGCUGCGUCACACAGCAUUUGGGAUCACUUUUGUCCUCUGUAUCUCUUGUGUUCUGGGGAAAACAAUAGUGGUGCUAAUGGCUUUCAGGGCUACACUUCCAGGAAGUAAUGUCAUGAAAUGGUUUGGACCUCCUCAACAGCGGCUCAGUGUUCUUGGUUUCACACUCAUACAAGUACGUUUGUGUGCUUUGGUUAACAAUAUCUCCACCAUUUCCCUUUAAAAAUCUAAAUUAUUUUAAGGAAAAGAUCAUUUUAGAGUGUGAUGUAGGUUCAUCUAUAGGUUUCUGGGCUGUUCUAGGUUAUAUAGGAUUUCUUGCUCUUUUGUGUUUCAUUUUGGCUUUUUUGGCCCGUAAAU